GAUACGAAUACUAAAGACAAAUUAAAUCUCGCCAACACCCAAAAAACAUUCAAUGCUGUCCCCAUGUAUCAACAACCCAUAAAAUUCCCAGCGGUUCUCAUCUGGAAAUUCAUCCAUAUCGAGCAGCUUGUAUAUACAGGAAAUCCUUGCAUGGUAGGAGACGUUCUAACAACACGUGCCACUCACGACCAUGCGCUCAAUCUGUGCUGAGAAGCGAACGCGAGCAGACGACGACAAUCAAUAAAGUGCGACGUGAAAAUCGUUGGCUUCAGUCCAGUUCGCAGUGACACACUUUCCAGCAGGAAUAACCAUAGUCUUCCGUAAUGUCUCUGGUGCCGAUUUUGUUCCGCGAUUGGUUGGACGAUGUGUGGGAUUCGCCAUUACAUAGUUCCAGGAUUUUGGACCAACACUUUGCCACAGCUCUGUUGGCCGAUGAUUUGUUCGGUGCGGUAACAACCUGCCCUCGGCAAAACUAUCGUCGGCAUGGUUACUAUCGUCCUUGGCGAACGGUUCGAUCCCAACAGGAUAUGGGUUCUUUUGUGGACAUUAACAGCGAAAGGUUCCAAAUAAACCUGGAUGUGCAGCAGUUUACCCCGGAUGAGAUCACCGUGACAGUGGUGGACGACACAGUUGUCGUCGAGGGGAAACACGAAGAAAAGCAAGACGAGCAUGGAUAUGUGUCUAGACAAUUUAUGCGAAAAUACAAGCUUCCAAAUGGGCACGAGGCAGAGGACGUCACUUCGUUUAUUUCCGCCGAUGGAGUGCUAACGGUUACGGCUCCAAGAAAGGCGCUGGCAGAAGAUUUGAGCGAGCGAAUCGUGCCGAUUACACAAACAGAUGAACUACUGUCGGACAAGGGAUCCGGUACGGACAAGGAGGAGGAUGAAAAAGUCCUCUCUACUGAGAGAAAAGGUUCAUGCGAUUCGAAUAAGAACUGUUCAUCAUCAGCGGCUCCUUCUUUUUCCAAAUGAGUCUAUGACCAGGUACAUA